UGACUGUCAAAAACAACGAGAAAAUGUCAUCUUUUUUAAUUGCUAAAAUUCUCUGUAGCUCAUCAUUUCUCGCCUCAGUCGGUGAACUAAGACUUGCGAGAAACCACUUCGUAGGAUCUGGAAGGCGAAUUUUUCAAGCCAAGAGUUGUAUUAUCCCGACGAUUUUUCGACGUCCGCGUUUUGCCGGUGGAUAGAAAAAUAUUUUCCCCCGCUUGCCAGUAGAUUUGCCGGUAAGUUCUUGGUCCUCGCGCCAGAAUUUCGAUUUAUAUUUUUUUUGUAGCGCGGUAUACCGUCGCGUCUAUUGUCAUCUCGCUCCUUUACGUAAUUUCAAGUAGCUAAAGGUACUUUUCAUCGUUAGGGAUUUGUUUUGGCUGAGUGGACAUAGACAAAAAAUAAUAUUAUACAUUGCAAGCUGAGCGAGGUUCCUAUGGCCACAAGAAGCGAUCUUCAAGGACCUUACGAAGGUUUUGAUUGGAAAUUAUUCUGUCAGAUGCCUUCAUGCCCAUUCAACACCGAUGGCAUAAAAAUUUCAAGCUGGUGGUUAUUUCUAUGCAUUUGCUACCUCAGUUGUUUUCUCAUUGGGAUUAUUUUUACUGUCAACGGUUUCGCUUCGAUGGGCAAUGAGAUGGCCGCUGUCGGCGUAGGUUUGGUGAUCGUUGGCGCAAGUUUGGCGAUUGUCUGUGACGUUUUACGGCGGCUUGGCGUAGGAUGGACAAAAAUUGUUCCGGAAUCACCUUAUCCUUCUCGUCAAUUUGUCCAUACCAGCGGGGAAUUUGGUUUUCCUAUUCCGUUUUUACCCGGUUAUCCGGGAUUUUGUUCUGGCGGGGAGGAAACACGCUGCAACAGCCCCCCUCCUUAUGUAAACUCCCCGCACGGGGACGACUCGGUUGCAAGACCUACCAUAACUUGUAUUAAUGAGAGCGAAUCCCAGGCGGUUGUAUCAAUUCGUGAUAAUCCUGCAGGUAGAUACUCUACAACUUCAGAGACACCACGAUGUGAAACAAUCAUAACUGAGAAUUUAAGGCAAGCAGCGUUAGUGCUUGUUACUCCUACGGGCAUCGAGCACAGAACUCUUAAUCCUCCUCCACCUCCUUACGACUUCGCAUCGGCUGAUAGAGAGGAUAGAAUAUCGUGGUUAUAUGAUACCCCGCCACCAUAUGGAGAUUUUGUGUAGAAAGAGAAGCCAUCUGGACGAAAUUAUGGAUAGAUGAAUGAAAGUUAGUGGCAGGUCCCAUAGUAUCUUCGUACCACUCGAGUUUGUCAUUUGACACGACAUGUUUGUUGCCUUGUAACGUUAUGCACCCGGCCGGGCGUUGCAGUAAGAAAUCAGAGACUUGUGAAAGCAUCACGUAUAUCAACCUUACUGCAAAUGGUCAAAAAUGACCACGCAACUGUUUUUCUGCCUUUUAUAAACUUGCUAUUCUUUGGCCGUUUUCAACAUGAGGAGGAGUUCUCUCACGUGCAUAACAAACGUGAAUGAGAGAUGGCUUUAAUUUCGUUCGCAGAUACAUUACUAAUCCUUUGACCUUCUCUCUGUUUGCUGUUUGAGGUAUAUCGCGUGAUGCUGUUAAGCUAAAUCUCUAUUACGUAAUAGAGUAAAACUUUCAGGGAACUCUCCCUUUGUCAAGGGCUUGGCUCAUAAUGUGCCUGUUAUGCAGGCUAUUUUUUUGUGUCCUCGCGCAAAGCUCUUCGUGGGUUGCGUGAAGACCUUAAAAAAAAAACAGCUGCGUGGGAGACUACCCAGCUAAAAAGCCCAAAGUGCUUACUUGUAGGCUUCGUCAGCAGCCGUGUGAACUCAGUGCGCUAUUACAUGAGAUGCUAUGUAAAGAUCUUUUAAAUAACAAUCAUUCUGUUUUACUGGUCAGAGCUUAUUAAAAGGUGGAUUACACUUUCCAGUGCACAAAUCUCGUAUUAAAGCUGUUGGUACUGUUAAGCCGUUAAGCCAUGUUGUACUGAGUACAUAGAGUUGACAAUAGAGAAGGAUUUAAGGGAAACUUAGCUUGGUACAAAAGAGGUUUGGCCUAUAAUCUGGUCUGCUUUUUCUCGUCCAGUCUUAAUUUUGCGUUUGUCCAGUGAAAAGCGUUCUCCACCUGCAAGCAAAAUACCAGUAACUGAACUGUUUGCACUAAAAUUUUCCUCUAAAAAAUAUCUCUCUACGAGCUAGUGUAAACGAAAAAGUCUUCAAACAUUUAUAGCAGAAAUACUGCCAAACAAAGAACUAUUAAUGUUGUAAUUUAUUGCAAGGAGAGGCUAAGAAAUAUUUUAACUUUGUUGACAAAUAAGAUUCCGCUUACUGCUCUUCUAGAUCUUGUAAAAUGUAUUUACAGUGCGGUAUAUAAAA